GAUGUCCUGAUGAAAUUGGUGAUUUUGGAGCUGGAAUUGGGUAUACUGCCUUGUUUGUUGAUGAAGAAUUAAAACAAAAAUAUAUAGGGACAACUCCAGAUCAACAAACACUUUCCCAAUUGUAUUCUCAAGAUUUUUUGUCACCAAUACAAAUACCUAAAAAAAAUACAGUAAAAGAGGUAAGUGUAAGCAAUAAAUUUUGGGGAUGUUUUGAGGAAGCAUUAGGUCAAAAUAAAAGAGGACAAAAUAAUUGUAUCUGU